CAAUUUACUUGUUUGCCACUGCCAGCUUCAAUCUUGUCUCGUCGUCCAUGGCGAUUGAAAUAUGCUCUCUCACUGGCUUCCUGGUAAAUAAUGAAAAAACCAUACCCAAUUAAUCUAGGGAGGGACCAGCUUCGAGUGUAUCGCCACUCUAACAACAGUCUCCGGAGCUAACAAAGCAAGGCAAGGGCAAGCCCUCAGCUACAAAACAAACGAUCACAUUUCUCUAUAAAAAGCCAAGCAAAUCGUUUUGGUUUCCCUGGCUCUCUUCUUCCCUUCCAAUUCCUCUUCUUCUAUUCUAAGGAGACGCUUUGGACCUCUCAUGGCUGCUGCUGCUGCUUCCCUUGCCGGAUCCAAUGUCGUCGCCUUCAAAUCAGCCGCUCAUCUCGGCACCUCCGCUGAUACCAGAAUUGCUCACUUUCGGCCCUUGUCUCCUGUUUCCCGUGGACUCGGGCGUCGCAUUUCUUUCCAGUCUGGAUCGAGGAGCUCACUCUCUUCUUCUGGUGUAAGAGCUCAGGUCGCGACUGUUGAAACAGCGAGCGCGGAGGCGGCGCAGAAGGUGGAAUCGCCUGUAGUGGUAGUGACUGGAGCCUCCAGAGGUAUUGGCAAAGCAAUUGCUUUGUCUCUGGGAAAAGCAGGUUGCAAGGUCUUGGUAAAUUAUGCUAGGUCAUCAAAGGAAGCUGAGGAAGUUUCCAAAGAGAUCGAGGCUUAUGGUGGCCAGGCCCUCACUUUUGGGGGUGAUGUCUCAAAAGAGGCUGAUGUGGAAUCAAUGAUGAAAACUGCUGUUGAUGCAUGGGGAACUGUUGAUAUACUGAUAAAUAAUGCAGGAAUUACACGGGAUACAUUGUUGAUGAGAAUGAAGAAAUCUCAGUGGCAGGAGGUUAUUGAUCUGAAUCUCACCGGUGUAUUCCUCUGCACGCAGGCGGCAGCCAAAAUUAUGAUGAAAAAGAGAAAGGGAAGAAUUAUUAACAUAGCAUCAGUUGUUGGUUUGGUUGGCAAUGUUGGGCAAGCCAACUAUAGUGCUGCAAAGGCAGGUGUUAUUGGCCUGACAAAGACCGUUGCAAAGGAAUAUGCAAGCAGAAAUAUUAAUGUAAAUGCUGUUGCCCCAGGAUUCAUUGCAUCUGAUAUGACUUCCAAGCUUGGAGAUGACAUUGAAAAGAAAAUCUUGGAAACAAUACCCUUGGGACGUUAUGGCCAACCAGAAGAGGUUGCAGGACUAGUGGAAUUCCUGGCUCUUAACCCCGCUUCCAGUUACAUCACUGGACAGGUGUUGACUAUCGAUGGAGGAAUGGUGAUGUAAGUGACAUGCCAUGUUUGACUAUCGAUGGAGGAAUGGUGAUGUAAGUGACAUGCCAUGUCUGGCUAAACCGUGAAAUCUCUGCACUUUGAAGUUCAUACAGGUGGUUUUGGAACCGCGAUUCAAGUUAGGGUAUGAUUAGCUUGGGCAAGACAGUUUGUGGCAUAAUAUAACGGUGUAAUAAAUGAGCACUCCCGACAAGUUUUGAUAGAAUCAACCAUGAAACGGAAAAAUAGAGAACGUAUAUCAGUUUUCCUAGGCAUUGGCUGGCCCAUGGAAGUGUAAUUGCUUUCGUAUUAGUACAAAAUAUGGUGUUUAUCAGAGUAUGUUAAAAGAUAAACCAGUGAACAUGAUUAGUUUUUUAUUGGCUAUUUCAGAGAAUAAAAGUUUCAGUCUUGUUUGUUUUUGUA